AUGGCUGGAGAACCCCCCACCUCUACCCUAUGGCUGGAGAACCCCCACCUCUACCCUAUGGCUGGAGAACCCCCACCUCUACCCUAUGGCUGGAGAACCCCCCACCUCUACCCUAUGGCUGGAGAACCCCCCACCUCUACCCUAUGGCUGAGAACCCCCCACCUCUACCCUAUGGCUGGAGAACCCCCCACCUCUACCCUAUGGCUGGAGAACCCCCCCACCUCUACCCUAUGGCUGGAGAACCCCCACCUCUACCCUAUGGCUGGAGAACCCCCCACCUCUACCCUAUGGCUGGAGAACCCCCCACCUCUACCCUAUGGCUGGAGAACCCCCACCUCCACCCUAUGGCUGGAGAACCCCCCACCUCUACCCUAUGGCUGGAGAACCCCCCACCUCUACCCUAUGGCUGGAGAACCCCCCACCUCUACCCUAUGGCUGGAGAACCCCCCACCUCUACCCUAUGGCUGGAGAACCCCCCACCUCUACCCUAUGGCUGGAGAACCCCCCACCUCUACCCUAUGGCUGGAUGAACACCCCGCCCCCCCACCCCCAUGUUAUCUCCUAGAGAGGAACAAGGCCAGUUUGGGUUCAGGGGUGAAGGAGCAGUUUCCUGGAACAGAGGUGGACAUGUUUGCCCAUUUCAUAGGUGAGUCUCUGAAGAGGACCAAGGUCAGGGACUGUGUGCCGUCUCAGGGGGAGAUCGUAGCCUUACUGACCAGGCAGGAAAUGACGACUACGGUCUACUGCCACGGAGGAGGAUCCUGCAAGAUCUCCAUCAACUCACACACCACCGCUGGAGAGGUGGUGGAGAAGUUGAUCCGAGGCCUGGCCAUGGAGGACAGUAGAAACAUGUUUUCCCUGUUUGAACACAACAACACUACGGACCGGGCUGUGGAGAGCAGAGUCAUCGUGGCUGACGUCGCCAAGUUUGAGAGGUGGGCUCGGGCGGGGCCUGUGGGCCAAACCCUUGAGCGGAGGCGGACCAGCUUCCUGGACGGGACACUGCGCCGCAGCGGGCUGAAGACGGGCUCCAUGAAGAAACAGAAGAUGGAGGAGGAACAGAUGCUGGAGAUGUGGGUGAAGGAGGAGACUUCAGCCACCAGAACCUCCAUCGUAGAGAAGUGGUCCAGACUUCAGGGACUGGACCAGCACACUGCCAUGCUCAAAUACAUGAACAUCAUCAAGGAGUGGCCUGGAUAUGGGUCCACACUGUUCGACGUAGAGUGUAAAGAAGGAGGCUUUCCUCAUGACCUGUGGCUGAGUGUGAGUGCAGAGAACGUGUCGGUCUACAAGAGAGGAGAACCCAAACCUCUGGAGACGUUCCCCUACGAACACAUCAUCUUCUUCGGCGCUCCACAGGCCACUACCUAUAAGAUCACAGUGGACGACAGAGAGAUGUUUUUUGAGACACCUCUGGUUGGAGAGAUCACUAAGAUCAUGAAAGCCUACAUAAACAUGAUCGUAAAGAAGAGGUGCAGUGUCAGAUCUGGGCCCAGCUACGGAACCAACUGGAUCAGGUGAGAUGUGGGACAGAACACAGCCCAGUUGGCUUCCUACCGCCCCUGACCAGAAGGCUACAAGGCAGCAGGGUCCAUGAAGACCGGACUGUUCUCCUUAACUCAGAUGUCUGAAUAACUGAAAUCGGGCUGCUACUCCAGAACUCGUCCAACUCCGGUGUCCCAACUCCGGUGUCCCUCAGUGUGGUACGCCAAGCCGACAUUCUAGAACAUUCUAGAACAUUCUAGAAUGUGUAGCGCUAAAAGGCGGAACUGCGUUCCUCAACCGUUUCCUAUUGCUAUUCUAUAGCUGUCGACAGAGUGGAUACCACGUUACCUUCUGCUAUUAUUUACAUCAAUUUAUCAAUAGUAUGGACCAAUCAGGGUGUCAAAUCAAAUUUCCUUUUGUAUCAAGUUCUACCAUUUUCCAAUGGAUUGAGAGAGAAAUGUUUCACUGUCAAGCCUUCCCCUGACUAGCUCCCCUUUCCUUAUAAGAAUGUUGUCUAUUUUUAAAUUGGCAAGUGUAAUUAUUUUUAUUAUAAUAACAUAUGUAAAUGAAUGGGCGCCCAACUCUACCGUUAUAUAUUUACAAUGAGAAGAAGUUAUUUGUCUAAGUAAGGUUGAAAGACUUUCCCCUCAGGUUUUUCUGAGCAAUAGGAGUUGAAUCCCAAACCAACCACAGACCCAGGGAGUUGAACCUCUUUACAUUUGAAUGCCUUAAAUGGGUUCACUGCUUCCAUCCAUGUGGUUGUCUACUUUGGACUUUAAGUAAUAGUUUUGACUUUCAGGAAUGGCAUCCCCAAGCCAGGGUUAUGUCAGGGCUAAUAGCUUGAUGGUUAUAACCAGUUAUAAUGCUAGUGGCAGAAGCUGCUAUUCUUUAGCCUGGUCCCAGAUCUGUUUGUGCUAUUGCCUACGCUGAUUAUGAAGCUUAACAUGUUUGAAAUGACAAUUCCAUAAGAAGUUGGCAAAAGAGCAGAAAAGCAGGCUGGUGCCCAAAGCCAUUCUACCCAGUGCCCGAGAAGCAGGUGUUUAACUCUGGGGAAAUAACACUAGUAUUUUAUAUAACUAGAACAAACCAAUAUAUAAUCCAUCACUACUAUAUUCAGGUUAUUAUUUAUUUACUAUAAAGGCAGUGGUUUAAUAUAGAACAUUUUGCUUAAUUCGAAAGAACAUCAUUAUAGAAUUUAGUCUGAGGGAUUUGAGGUUUUAUUUGUUAUUUUGAUUUGAAACCAGUUUUGUCCUUCUAACGGAAUGUUUUGUGUGACUGAAACUGUUGGAAGAGAGCGUGACGUGUUGGUGAAACGAGCAGGAAGGUUUUUGUUUUUGUGGUUUUUGUGUUACUGAAGUAUUGUUGGUCACGAGCGAUAGAGCAGGGUUAACCAUUUGGCACCCCAACUUUUACGAGCAAAUAUUAUCUUCAAAAUGGUUGGACACAUGACUGUAAAAAAAAACACCUGCACCUCAGCUCCAAAUGAUUAACAUUUUGGAUAUCUGUUCUGAAGUAUUUCCACGCCUAAGUGACAUUGACUGCACAAAACAUUAAGAACACCUACUCAUAUUGCGUUUCACCCUUUUGCCCUCAGAACGGGGCAUGGACAAUACAAGGUGUCCAAAGUGUUUCACAGGGAUGCUGGCCCAUGUUGACUCCAACGCUUUCCACCGUUGUGUCACCUGGUCAGUCUAUGUCAUGGAAAGACCAGGUGUUCAUAAUGUUUUGUACACUCAGUGUAUAUAUGUGAUUGUAAGCAAGGUUUGAAAUCAUUAUGUAUUAGUCAAAUAUUCUAUCCUAUUUGGGAUUAUUGCGGUCAAUUUGCAGUGUUAUGAAUGAUGUUCCAGCCCCCUGACCAGCCAUUCGCUCAAGAAGCAAAAUCGUCCCGUGGCUGAAUGGAGUUGAUGAUCCCUGCUAUCGUGCGUCGUCGUGGGAGGGGGGUUGGGAUAUUUAUUAUGUGUAAUUCUCAUAGUCAGGAAGAGAGGGUCAGGAGGACUCACCAGCAAACACAGUGAGUCAUGUAACAGAUGGAGCCAUACAGGUGAGAGUAGAUGGAGGUAGCCUCCGACACCAGCGAACACAGUGAGUCAUGUAACAGAUGGAGCCAUACAGGUGAGGGUAGAUGGAGGCAGCCUCCGACACCAGCGAACACAGUGAGUCAUGUAACAGAUGGAGCCAUACAGGUGAGGGUAGAUGGAG